CACCCAAGGGCACCUCAUGACCCACCAGAGCAUCCACACAGGAGAGAGACCUUCCUGCUGUGGAGAGUACGGGCGAUGCUUCCAUCUGGAGAUAUGCCUGGGUGCCCACCAGAAGACACACACCAAAGGUGGUCCGUACCUCUGCAGCUAUUGCAGCAAGAGCCUGAGCACAAAGAGCUACUUCAGUAUCCACAUGCGGACCCACAUGGAGAAGAGGCCGUUCGCCUGCACCAAGUGUGGGAAGAGCUUUGUGAAGAAGGGCACCCUCACCACCCACAGAGAGAUCCACAAGAGGCAGAAGCCCUUCAAAUGCCCCGACUGCAGUAGGCGCUUUGGGCAAAGUGCCACACUGAUGGCCCACCAGAAGAUACACCUCCAUGGGGGGCCUUUCAUUUGUACUGAGUGUGGGAAGAGCUUGAGCACCAAGAGAUAUUUCAGUGUCCACCAGAAGAGCCAUGCUAAGCAAAAGCAAAAGCCACUGGAGGGACAUAUUAAUGGUGUGUCUCUCCAGGUCAUGCAGAUUAAAGAGGAGCCUGAUCUUUCCCUCAGGUCAGAGGAGACUGUGUCGGAAAAUAUGUCCCAUGAAGGAGAUGCCCAGGGAUGUAGCAUACCUAGAAUCCCAUUUAAUCCGAAAAGUCCUCCUUGGAAAAUCCAGGUGAAGGAGGAUCCAGGACCACCCACUGAUGACACAGCAAACAUUUCUGCAAUAGCCUGCCAGAAACUUUACAUCAAGGAAGAGCCACCAGAAAAUCUGGACUAUGGAAAGAUCCCACUGAUGGCUUUACAGGAGAGACUGCUUAAAAAGGAAGAAGAUGCUGAUGGCCAGCAUGAGCCGGAAGUCCCCACAGCCAGUAACCUGGUGCUUCAUGUGAAGGAAGAACCACAGGAAAGCAUUGAGUUUGGGAUGCAUUAUGGGCAGAAGCCAAACCUCAAUGCUAUCCAGAGGAUCCAAAUUAAAGAGGAACCUCAUGUGGAGGCCAAUCACCAGGAGAGCCAGAGCCCAGAGAAGAAGCAGAAGAAAAGCUGUUUGUCCACCAAAGAGAGGAUGCUGGAGAACCGGGAGAAAUCCAUGUCCAAAGACCCCUCAGUGAAAGGAGCUCCCAGGGGUGAACGGGUUUUCCCCUGUCCUGAGUGUGGGAAGAGUUUCAACCAGAAAUCAAACCUGACCAGACACAGGAAGAUCCACACGAGUGAGGGACCAUACAAGUGCAGUGAGUGUGGGGAGAGCUUCCGCAUGAACCGCAAGCUGAUCUGCCACCAGCGAGUCCACAUGAGCGAGCCCUUCAAAUGCAGCGAGUGCGGGAAGAGCUUCACCCAGCGGUCAAAUCUGGUCCGGCAUCAGAGGAUUCACACCAAGGAGGAGCCCUACCAGUGCCCCGAGUGCGAGAAGACCUUCAACCAGAAGGCCAACCUUUUCCGUCACCAAACCAUCCAUGUCCGCAUGGGGCCGUGCAAGUGCACCAAGUGUGGGAAAUGCUUCCCCCAUAAGCACCACCUGAUCAAACACCAGCUGCUCCACUCCCGAGGUGGGGCCUACAAUUGUGGGGUCUGUGCGAAGCGUUAUCGGCUGAAGAAGUACCUGAGGAGGCACCAGAAGAUUCAUGAACGGGAAGGAGCUGCUCCCUGCUUAAAACAGGGGGAGGCCACAGGGACCGGCAGUGAACCCCACCACAACAAACAGAGCGUUGUACCCCAUGAAUAGCAAAGAGGAGAGCUUAGGGGAUGUGGUGCUUGGCCUUUG